AUGGGCUCGUGUGUGAGUGUCAUGGGGUGUUUCGGCAGUCAGAGUAGUAAAGCUAGCCAGGAUGAUAGCAGGAAUCAGAAGAGGCGUUCAGACGCUAUUACGAAGCAAUUGCAAAAGGACAAGCAGGUUUACAGAGCCACCCACCGGCUACUGUUACUUGGAGCGGGUGAGUCUGGUAAGAGUACUAUCGUCAAACAAAUGAGGAUAUUGCACGUCAAUGGCUUUAGUGAAACGGAAAAGCGACAAAAAAUAGAGGAUAUCAAGAAAAACAUACGCGAUGCUAUCGUGACGAUAACAAGUGCUAUGAGCACAUUGACGCCACCUGUGACGCUCGAGGAUCCAUCAAAUCAAAGCCGAGUUGACUACGUGCUGGAAGUAUCGUCUUCCCCAGACUUUGAUUACCCUCCGGAAUUUUAUGAAAUCGUUGAGACGCUAUGGAAAGACCGGGGUGUACAGCAGAGUUUUGAAAGGAGUAAUGAAUAUCAGCUUAUCGACUGCGCUAAGUAUUUUUUAGAUAAGGUUGCCAUUGUAAAAAAACCAGACUACUCACCAACUGAACAGGAUAUCUUAAGAUGUCGUGUUCUUACUUCGGGUAUAUUUGAAACACGGUUUCAAGUCGACAAAGUAAACUUCCAUAUGUUUGACGUCGGUGGGCAACGAGAUGAAAGGAGAAAAUGGAUCCAGUGUUUCAAUGAUGUAACAGCAAUAAUAUUCGUUACUGCUUGCAGUAGUUAUAACAUGGUACUCAGGGAAGACCCGACAAAAUUGAGAUUAAGAGAAAGUCUUGAUUUAUUUAAAAGUAUUUGGAAUAAUCGAUGGCUUCGAACGAUAUCAGUAAUAUUAUUCUUAAAUAAACAAGAUUUGUUAGCUGAAAAAGUGAAAGCUGGCAAACACAAAUUGGAGGAUUAUUUUCCGGAAUUUUGCCGUUAUCAAACCCCAGUUGAGCCUGGAGUUGUUGCGGAACCAACGGAACCACCUGAAGUGAUACGAGCGAAAUAUUUCAUCCGAGAUGAAUUUCUUCGCAUCAGCACAGCUAGUGGAGAUGGUAAACACUACUGUUACCCUCACUUUACGUGCGCAGUCGACACGGAAAACAUCAAGAGAGUAUUCAAUGACUGUCGUGACAUAAUUCAACGUAUGCAUCUGCGUCAAUAUGAGCUCUUGUGA